AUGGGAAAUUUCUGUUGUGGCCCCAACGACCACCAGAAGAAUUCAAGAGAAAUUGUGCUAGCUUGUUUUGGCAUUGACGGUGCUGGAAAGACGAGUUCUUUGAAGAUUUUGAGAGGAGAAAGCCCACAAAAUGUGCUCUCAACGAAUGGUUUCUCGUUGAUGGAGAUGACUUUCGAUGACGAGUUUAAAAUCAAAAUCUACGACUUGGGUGGAAAUGAACGAAUCCGAGACAUUUGGCAGAACUAUUAUGCUGAGAUCCACGGUUUCAUCUAUGUGCUAGACGCAUCAAAAUCGACGCGUAUCAACGAGAACAUUCGAGUCAUGCAGAAGCUUCUCUCGGAGCCGGACAUUCGUGGAAAGCCUUGUCUAAUUGUUCUAAAUCGUUUCAACUCUCUCGAUUUCGAUGAAUACACAUUUACAAAUGAGGUUGGUCUUCAGCAAAUCUCUCACACUUUCCACCAACACUUCUACGUGACCCAUCUCGACGAGUACGACGGUUUUCUUGAUAAAGUGAAAAAUGGUUUUAAACCGGUGAUGACGCGUUUCAACGUGAAAAAGCCGCAUCCACUGUUGGAAGGCUUCGUUCUAAUGGUUCGACAGAUUAUUCAAGACUACGUUCGUUUAAAUGCUAAAGUUUUGGAGGCUGAGGCUUUGUUAAAACAACGCCAAGAACAGGAAAGACUUCGCCGGAGAAUCCGUUUAGCUGAAUUGGAAAGAAAUGCUGAAGAAGGUCGAGAAGAAGUCGAAGAAAUGGAAAGACCAGCGACAACAAUGACUGAGAUGGAGAGACGAAAUGACAUUGUUGAGACUGUUUACCCAAAUCCAUCCGAGCCGAGAACCCCGAAGACACCCGAUUCGGAGGAACGCUUCCCAUUGGCACGCAUGAGAUCCGAUGAGAUUGCUACGGAUGAGGAGCCACUUCCCGGUCCAUCAUCUGGAAUCCCGAUGGGCGCUGCCUCAAUCGAGCACUCGAUCGACGGGGAACAGAAUGCUCUAGAGAUGAGCGAGUUGAGUUCCGUUUUUCGAGAAGAGCCAGUAAAAGACGAGAUUUUGAGAAGUGGUAGUCGAAGCUCAAAAGCGGGAAAUCAUUGGAAGGGAUCAACGACAAAAGCGAACUCUGUUUCCUCUGGUGGUCCCUCGUCGGCGAGUCCAAUUCUCAAUGGAGUUGAAAUGGUGGGCCCAUCUCAACACCGUUUGCCACCGCUUCGGCGAGAGCAAUCAACGAGCUCUUUUUCACACAUCGGUCCAGAAAGUGAUGAGACUUUUAAGAAAGGGGAUCCCUCAAGAAUGUUCACCAUUGAAGAAACAUUUCCACCUCGUCCAGCAUCAAGAAAGAAAUCACGAAUGGCGAGAAUUCAGAGCGGUUUAGCGAAAAAGCGUCCAAUUGUGCAUAGUGCUAAAAAUGGGCCAUCGAAUAGCUUCACACUCGCCGACGAAGACACCGUUUCUGCAAAAGGAAUUCGAAAUGCCGCUUUCGAAGAUGAGGACAUCGUUUCGGCGAAGAAACUCGGAAGUAACACCAGUCUGAAAAGUUUCGCGCCAAACGGAAGCCUCUCGAAUGAUGCUGUUUCUAUAACUUAUCGAAAAGAUGGUGAUAUUGUUGAAGUGACAAAUCGAAGGCAUGUGACGACGACAGCCGACUACUUCGAUAGUAAAAUUCCUAGAAGAGAUCAUUUAGAAAACCAAGUGUCAACU